AUGGUGUUUGGUAAACCUCGCAAAUUUGGGCCUUUUGAUAUUGGCAGAGGUUGCUAUUGGGAAAGAACUAAUAGUUGCACUUGCCAAUUCGAAUGUCAAAUCAAUGUUGGAGGUCUGGUUCCUAGCAUUAAGAAAGUGGGUAUUCGCCAUUAUUUGGUCGUGGCAUUGGAUGAUGCGAUUGAGGAGUUUUGCAAGUCAAAUGGGGUCCCUGUCUACAAGAGAGAUCAAGAUGAGGGUAUUGAUUCGGUUGGAAAGACCGGAAGUAACCAUGCUGUCUCAGGGUUAAAGUUCCGUAUCUUGAGGGAGUUUUUGCAGCUGGGUUAUAGUGUCCUCGUCUCUGAUGUUGAUAUAGUUUACUUGCAGAACCCAUUUGAUCAUCUGUAUCGGGAUUCAGAUGUAGAGUCCAUGACCGACGGUCAUAAUAAUAUGACAGCAUAUGGAUAUAAUGAUGUUUUUGAUGAACCUGCAAUGGGUUGGGCUCGAUAUGCUCACACCAUGCGAAUUUGGGUCUAUAGUUCGGGUUUUUUAUAUAUAAGGCCUACCAUUCCCUCAAUUGAGCUUUUAGAUCGCGUGGCUGAUCGGCUUGCUCAGCUGCCAAACUCUUGGGAUCAAGCACUCUUCAACGAAGAACUCUUUUUCCCUUCCCAUCCGGGUUAUGCUGGGCUUCACGCUGCCAAAAGAACCAUGGAUUUUUAUCUCUUCAUGAAUAGCAAGGUCCUUUGCAAGACUGUAAGGAAAUAUGCUAAACUGAAGAAGUUCAAACCAGUUAUCGUCCAUAUGAGUUAUCAUCCAGAUAAACUUCCAAGAAUGAAAGCAGUUUUUGAGUUCUGUGUUAACGGCAAGCAAGAUGCACUGGAACCUUUCCCUGAUGGUUCUGAUUGGUAGAUGCUGCGGGAGACAUUUAGAAUGCAAAGAUGCACAGCAUUUUUCUUCUUGCCUAUUUUCCCUGAACACGGCAGUAUCAAUGGAUCAUACCUUUCAGGAGCUAUGGGUAAUUGAAUUUCUUGUUACUGUCCUUUACUUUUCAAGGUUUGUGCACCUUUUGACUUGUAUGUUUUAAAUGGUUGUAC